UCUGCACAGCCUUUAAAAGCCCACCCCGUCUCUGCCUUCUCCCUCACAAUCCACCACCGUGCCCGAAGUUUACGACGCAGCUAGUGUUGACGCUUGAGAGGAAGUCGGAAGUGUCCAGCUAAUAGGGAGAUCAAUGGAGAUGACGGUUAACGGGAGGGACACCGAGCAGUACCACCACCACCUCGGGCUCGGUCUCAGUCUCGGCAUGUCUCCGGUCGAGCCGGCGGCACCACAGCGUACUCCGACCAGGCAGCAGCAGAGCUGGACCGGCUCCGGCCUCUUCUCCCCCGCUUCCUCCGGCGAGCAGCGCACGCAUGCGGACGAUCGCAGGCUGGCGGCUUUGGCCUGCCACGAGAUGCCGUUCCUGCGCGGGAUCGACGUGAACCGGGCGCCGGCCGCGAGGGGCAGCUGCGGCGCGAGCGAGGACGAGGAGCCCGGCGCGUCGUCGCCCGACAGCACGCUGUCCAGCCUCAGCGGCAAGCGGCACGCGCCGGGGAGGAGCGGCGGCGGCGGAGAGCAGGAACGCGCCGGCGCGGGCAGCGACGACGAGGACGACUCCGGGGCCGCCGGUGGCGCCGCGUCGCGCAAGAAGCUCCGCCUGUCCAAGGACCAGUCCGCCGUCCUCGAGGAGAGGUUCAAGGAGCACAGCACCCUCAACCCCAAGCAGAAGGCGGCGCUGGCGAGGCAGCUUGGGCUCCGCCCACGUCAGGUGGAGGUGUGGUUCCAGAACAGGCGAGCCAGAACGAAGCUGAAGCAGACGGAGGUGGACUGUGAGUCCCUGAAGCGUUGCUGCGAGACGCUGACGGAGCAGAACCGCCGGCUGCAGCGGGAAGUGCAGGAGCUGCGCGCGCUCAAGCUGCUCGCCCCGCCGCCUCCGCACCUCUACAUGCACGCGCCUCCGCCGCCGACCACGCUCACCAUGUGCCCUUCCUGCGAGCGUGUCGCGCCGUCCGGCAAGCCGGCUGCCGUCGUCGAGAGCCGUCCGUCGCCCACCGGGCCUUGGGGCCCCGUCCAGAUGCUGCCCGUGUUCGUGGGCAGGCCGGCCCAGAGGUCGUCAUGA